GGAAUGGCACUCCUUCUAAUGAUAAAAUAGAUCCGUUAAGAUGGGCUUGCCCUGAAAUCCACUUGUCCCUGAUUGAAUCAAGAGUCUAAUUUUAAGAGGCAUUGGGAGAGGAGGACUAAGAUAUUGAAUGUUUUUUUUUCUACUUUUUUGAUUUAGUUAGAAGGCUGGAGAUUAGUGAGGUUCUCGUUAAAAGCUGCUUAAGCUUUUAUCAGACUUUGCCCUGCUCUGAAUUGAACACUUGUGUAAUUUUCCAUGCAAAUGCUAACCUUUUAGCAAUGCCAUGGCUACUGAAAUUGUUAUUUCAAGAGUAACAAUUGAGAAAUAUUUAAAUCUCGUUUACAAUGCAUGUGUGAGUAAAAACAAAAUAUCAAAUAAUGAAGAGUGAAAAAUGGAGAGUAUGAUACAGAUUCAGGGAACAGCAGCUGAGGCUUCACAAUAUCCGGAUAUGUCCUUCAUAUUUGAUUGGAUUUACAGUGGUUUCAGUAGUGUACUGCAGUUUCUUGGACUGUACAAGAAGUCAGGCAAAUUAGUAUUUCUUGGAUUGGACAAUGCUGGCAAGACGACGUUAUUGCACAUGCUUAAAGAUGACAGAUUGGGUCAGCAUGUGCCAACUUUACAUCCAACCUCUGAAGAGCUGACGAUUGCUGGCAUGACGUUUACAACCUUCGAUCUGGGUGGCCACGCUCAAGCUCGUAGAGUUUGGAAAAACUACCUCCCUGCCAUCAACGGUAUUGUCUUCCUAGUGGACUGCGCAGACUUACUCAGACUGGCUGAGUCCAAAACAGAACUCGAUGCACUCGUAACAGAUGAAACACUGUGUAACCAUCAUUCACACACUGUGCUUUCUGUUCAGGCACUCGUAACAGAUGAAACUGUUGGAAACGUGCCUAUCCUGGUCCUUGGGAACAAGAUUGACAGACCUGAAGCCAUCAGUGAAGAGAGGCUACGAGAGGUGUUUGGAUUAUACGGACAGACAACGGGCAAGGGCAAUGUCCCCCUGAAGGAGCUCAAUACAAGACCACUAGAAGUGUUCAUGUGCAGUGUGCUGAAGAGACAGGGCUAUGGCGAAGGCUUCCGCUGGCUGGCACAAUACAUUGACUGAAUUCAUGGCACAGGAGUUCUCAUUAUGUUUGAUCAUCUGUCUGCUUAGAAAGUCAAAACAUGUACAACUUGAACCCAAUAUGACUUUUAUUGGUUGAACAUUUGAUUAUAAAUUUUUCACAUUUUUCUAGGACAAUAGUCUAGCAUCGGCUGAUAAUUUUUCCCCAGUAGUGUGUGUGUGUGUGAAUGUUGCAACAUGUUAACUGUAACCCCACUGGAUAGCUUCUUUUUUAACAUCACUUUCUUGGCUCUGUUUCCCAGCCCUGUUUUGAAGAGUGGGUGAUGUAGUGCUAUGCAUUUGAAUGCACUUUUUAACAGGAUAGACUACAGACACGUGACUAGUAUUUAAUAAACAUCAUGUACAAUUUUUAUGUUCUAUUUUUUUGGAAAUGUUUUGUUCAAUAAACCUAGAAUAUGUAACCACCCAU